AUAUUAAAAUGGAAGCCAUCAAGGAAUGUAUAUAUAUCUCUCUACUAGUGCUGAUAUCAACAAUGAUGCCAAGAGUUACUGAAUGUUUUCAAAGUCUACAGGCAACGAAUUCAUGUAUUUCAUUAAACAAGAGGUAUUUGCCGGCACUGACAAAUAACUUGAGCCCUGAGUAUAUAAAAACAUCAGAAGAACUAAAAAACCAGAUAAGAGAUGCAGGGUAUGAUUCGACUCAUUACAUUGAAUUUUACGAAAGCUAUGGUGGCACACUCUUGGCAUAUGUAAAGAUAAGAGUAACAAAGAUUGGGGAAGAGGAUAGUAUGGAAGAAGAUUUGAAGAAAGCUACACUGAAUGUUUUGUCAGUGAAUAAUUCUUGUGACUGUGAAGUAUGCAAAAAAUGGUCUGGCUGGUAUCCAUGCCCUCAGGUGAAUCACCCAGGUGGCGAAAGCAGAUGCAGUUUAAAUCUAUGUAUCCCACGGAAAUGCCGUCCAGAGAUGAAGGUCAACAGUACAGGUAACUCCAUUACCAAAAAGACUGAUGAUUGUCCCACCAGACCAAUGACCAAUAUAACCAACAGGGAUCAAAAAGGUGAAG